GGUACUUCCCGCCAUUUCCGUUAGGGUUGCACUCACUGAUCGCACUGUACACAAUGCAACUCAAUGAGCAAAUUCUCAAAGUCAAAGGGCAAAACAUUGAUGAUAAAUUUUGUGUCGAUAGGGAAGCAUCAAACAGACUUACAUAAAAGUUGAGACGAUUUUGCAAAUCAACGACUGUCAGAAAUGAAUUUUUAUAGACUGAGAACCUCUUCAUUAACCUGCUUGCGUCACAACCUACGAUUUGGGAACUUUAGAAACUACUCUAAAGCAAAUUAUACAGCUACAUCAAAAUUUUCGCAAAGUAAGGUUGGCGACUUCACACAGGACAGUCCUCAUCACGAGAAUGCAUUUUUAUCAGACCAGUUUCUUAUACGGAAUAUGCAACGUAUAAUGCCGACUGAGAUUUUCACUGCAAUAAAAAGUGAUUUGGUUAGGUUUGGUAAUCGUGUAAGCUCAGACAUAUGGAAGUUGGGACAAGAGUGUGCUGUAAAUGAGCCAUAUUUACAUAAAACAUCGGCAUGGGGAAAGAAGGUUGACGAAAUUGUUACCUGUAAUGCAUGGAAACAGCAAAAACGAAUUUCAGCCGAAGAAGGGCUAGUGGCUAUUGCUUAUGAGAGAGAGUUCCUUGAAUUUAGCCGGCUUUAUCAGGUGAUAAAAUUGUUUAUGUACUCGCCAUCUUCUGGGUUGUAUUCAUGCCCCCUUGCAAUGACAGAUGGAGCGGCGAAGACUUUUGAAGCGAAUGAUUUACUGCCGUCAUAUCAGAAUGUGUUCUCUCACUUGACUACCAGGGACCCUGAAAAAUUUUGGACUUCAGGGCAAUGGAUGACAGAAAAACGCGGUGGAUCUGACGUUGCUAAAGGGACUGAGACCAUAGCUAUUCCAGUCUCUGGAGACAAGAAUUUGUAUAGUUUAUAUGGUUACAAGUGGUUUUCGUCGGCAACAGAUUCAGAUAUUGCCUUAACGUUGGGGCGUGUUGCUGACAGUAAGGGAAGCGUAGUACCAGGCACAGAUGGCAUCACGAUGUUCCUGAUAAAAACGAGAAAUGACGACGGGAAGCUAAAUGGUAUUGAGGUAAUGAAGCUUAAGAAUAAACUUGGAACAAGGCAACUUCCCACAGGUGAGUUGCUUAUAGAUGGGGCGUUAGCUGAGAAAAUUUCAGACCCAGGUCGUGGCAUUUCUUGCAUCUCUAGUAUGCUGAAAAUUACCAGGCUGCAUAAUGUAAUAUCGAGCGUUGCGGGGCCGAGAAAACUGAUAAAUCUUGCUCGCGAUUAUGCUCGAAGACGUGAAGCCUUUGGACAGGUCAUAGCUAACCAUCCUUUGCAUUUGAAGACAUUGGCGAAAAUGGAGGCAGAGACACGUGGCUGUACUGCUCUUAUGCUAGAUCUUGCACUUAAGCUAGGUCUUGAGGACUGUAGGUCUAUUCCAGAUGAAGAUGCACUUUUACUACGUUUGAUGAUGCCUGUCGCAAAAAUGUACACCGCCAAACGAUCUGUCGAAUUGGUUUCAGAGGGUCUUGAGUGUUUUGGUGGACAAGGGUACAUCGAGGAUACAGGUCUUCCGGGGUUUUUGAGAGAUGCACAAGUUCUCCCUAUAUGGGAAGGUACUUCGUCUGUGAUGUCUCUAGACGUUCUAAGGGCCAUUCAUAAAACAAAUGGUGAGGCGCUGGUUGCCUUGCAAAGCUAUGUGUCACGUGUUACUAAAAAUGCUUCUCAAAAUACAAAAUUGAGAGACAGCUGCACACAAUUAGAGAGUUUCUCGCACAGUCUGUUUGACUUUGUUGCACGCGAACCUAGUAAGGUACAAAUCGCAGCACGAGAUUUUGCCUAUAGUUUGGCACAUAUUUAUAUUGCAUCACUGCUUGUAGAACAUGCUUGUAAAAGUGGAGACGAGAUAGAUGUUUUUACUGUUAGGAGUUGGAUGCAGAGAGACAUUGUUCCUGUUGUCACUCAGAAUAGACAAGGGUCCUAUGACGUCGAUAUUUCCGCCUACAAAGCUUUCGUAUAUGAAGGCUAUGAUGAAGAAAAUUUGAUCGCUUCAACAUUUAUAAGAUGA